UGAUUCCUUUUGUUGUGGACAACUUCUUACACUUGAAUUGUCACAAUUCUUGCAGAGCAUUUAAGGAAACUCUGUGGCAUCCACGGCAGGAUUAACACAAGGAACGGUGCGGAUAUCACAAGAGGAUGGUGCCGUGCAGCAUCCUUCUUUCUCAUGUGGCUUGGUUGCAGCGCUUUCUGUCCGAAUCCAGCCUUCUAUUGUGGAUACUGUGAAGAAUCGAAGCUUCUGAUUUAAGCUAGGAAGAAAUGGCUACAAUUUCACUUCCAUCGUAUCUCAACAUGGGAGAGGACGUUCGCGAACUUCAUCGAGCAUUUAAAGGAUUCGGUUGUGAUGAGAAGAAGGUCAUUCAAAUACUUGCUCACAGAACUCAAUCACAACGUCUCGCAAUUGCUGAUGCAUACCACCAUCAAUAUGGAGAGAGCAUUCAUAAACGUCUGAAAUCUGAACUUCAUGGCAAACUUGAGGAGGUAAUGCUUCUAUGGAUGAUGGGCCCAGCCCAAAGAGAUGCGAUUUUGAUAUACGAUUCGAUGAAAGGGCUGGGCACCAAAGAUUCUGCGCUGAUUGGCAUCAUCUGUACUAGAACUCCGUCACAAAUUUACGAAAUCAAACAAGCUUACCAAGCAAUGUACCAGCAAGCGUUAGAGAGCCAAGUUAGCGGGGACACUUCGGGUGAUUAUAGAAAGCUCUUGCUUGCGCUUUUGAGAGGGAGUCGCUCCGAGACAUUUUCUGUGGACUCCAACUUGGCACUGGCGGAUGCUCACGACUUGUACCGGGCUGGUGAAGCCCGACUGGGCACAAAUGAAGACAUUAUCAUACAUAUUCUAACAACACGCAGCCCAGCUCAGUUAAAUCUGGCAUUGCAGUAUUAUCGGCAAACUUAUGGUCACGAGUUUAUGAAGGCUGUGAAAAGUGAGACAUCUGGACAUUUCGAAGCAGCGAUCCUAGCAGUCGUUCAGUGCACCUGUAAUCCUGCCAAAUUCUUUGCUCAGGAACUUCAUGAUGCCAUGAAAGGCUAUGGUACAAAGGAUGCAGAUCUGAUGCGAGUCAUUACCACACGGGCUGAAAUCGAUAUGUAUUACAUCAAACAGGAGUUUCAAGCCAUGUUCAAGAAAACACUUCAGGAAGCGAUUCAGAGUAACACCUCUGGAGAUUACAGACAUUUCCUUCUCUCGCUUGUAGGGGAUGCAUAAUCUUAUGACAACCGAGCGAUCACUUAUUUCUCUGUCUCGAGCCGGUGAAAAGCUUUUGUUAGCCCACUAAUGUAUUUGUCCAAAGAAAUAAGAAAAAGCAGAAAAAAACAAAAACAAAAACAAAAAAGAAGCUGCUGCAUCAGCGAAAAAGACCAAAAACGGUGAGGUCACUUUGCGAUUGCGGUGGCUGGCACACAUUCUCUACCAUGCUUCAAGGCUCACAGUGAUUGUAGUCACACCUUUUUGCAGGAAAUGAAAUUGUUGUAAUUUUUCCCACUUAGGCUCAUUAAUAAACAUGGUACAAUUCUCAUCCUUCAA